AUGGUUUGCAUCAACCAAUUACAUCCAAACCCGAUAGGGUUUUUUUUGACGAUGGGAUUGAGUAAAACUGAAAUCAAUUUGAGGCGAUUGCUUGCAACUGCCCCUCAGCAACAACAUCAAGCCAAACUUAUUCAUGUACGUCAUCUAUACAUUGAGAGCAGUUGGAGCAACUUCGCUGCAGAAAAAACUUCAGAAGGAUUACCAAGAGUUUCAAAAGCUACAGUGAGUGAUUACUCUGAGAAAAUUGAAGCUAUUGCAGCUAACUUGGCUUCUCAAGUGUUGAACACCAUAGAAUCUCCAGAGCUGCCCACUGCCGACACUUCUGUCAGUGAAAAUACAACAAAAACUGAAGCGGAAAGUAUCUCCACUGGCACUUCUCAAGGGUUGAGAAGAAGAAUUGUGCCCACAUCAAGUGUUGAAGACAGAGGCCAAAAUACUACUAUUGAUGCAACUGAUUCAGCUCCUAUCAAAUUGGAUGCUGGAGCACAGGCUCAUAUUUCAAAACACAGGAAGCUUCAAGAAGACUUGACUGAUGAAAUGGUUGUCCUUGCACGCCAACUCAAAGAGAGUACUCUCAUGAUGAAUCAAUCCAUAAAAAACACCGAAAAAAUUCUUGAUUCGACAGAGGAAGCAGUGGAACAUAGCUUAGCAAGCACAGGGAAAGCCAAUACACAGGCAAUGGCUAUAUACUCGGAGGCUUCCAAGACUACAUGCUUCAACAUCCUUUUGAUGCUUCUAAUGACAUGUAUCUUUUUCAUGGUGGUUUUUCUUAUCAAAAUCACAUGAAAUCAUCCAUCCUUUGUCAAAUACAUUUUACGGUUUUCGACUUUCAUCACUUGAAAAUAUCUGUAUCUUGUAGUACAAAAAAGGUUUUAUUUCAAGUAAUAUGAUUGAAGUAGAUAGUGACAACUAACUUGUGCCA